AUGUCUACGAAUCAAGAAAACCUCCUUCUGCCCAAUGGUCCCUUACUGCUAGUGCACAGAGGAUGGCGGCGAUCGAGAAAGAAAGCUACCGCGGCUAUUACCGUCAAUGGUGCUCAAAUCGAGAAAAGCGACAUCCUCGGAGAUGUCACCGUUCCUUCCUCUAAGUACCCUUUUAUCCAUAACAUAGUCGCUCCCCGUUUGCCAGAUGGCGAUAAGGCUACUUUCGAUCCUCCUACAGACUCGGGGCUCUCUUCAAACUUUAUGUUUGUGAACACGAGUGGCCCCUCCAAGACUCCAACAAGAGAUGUGCGGAAACUGAUGAGGAGGCAUGUCCGAAGAAGAGUCGGCCAUACGCAGACCAAAGUCCGCGGUGAGCGUGGCAGCGGGAGCGUCGGCAGCUGGAGUGCAGCUGAACCCGAAGUACCGUUUGUGCCUCAGAGUGCUUCUGAGCUAGAGGUUGAAGUGUCCCUUGCUUCACCUGUACUAUCUCCCGUAUGCCCUGGAGCUGGUACAGCAAUGUAUGGCGCUGCGCUACCAUUCACGCUGAACCUUCCUCUGUGGAAUCUCAUGAACUACUACCUCUGCUCUAUAGCGAACGCGGUGUAUCCAUUGGAGUCAAACCUAGCGUUCAACCCUGUUAAGACUGCAUGGUUCCCCUUGGCCACUACCGACGAAGUUUUGCUGCACACCGUCCUUCUCUCAUCCGCCACGCACCUCUCGCUUUCCAAGCAAGAUCCACAGUCUCCGAAUCCAGCAGCUCUUAUGGACUCAGCAUUGCCCUGCCUUAAUCGGAGGCUGGCACUUCCGUCCCCGCCCUCGGAUGCGACAAUUGGCGCGGUUGCGUGCCUUGCGAUGAUAGAGAACGCGCAAGGAAACUAUGACAUCUGGAAAAUUCACAUGAUGGGCCUCAAGCGGAUGAUCCAAAUCAGGAACGGUCUCUCGUCGAUCGAUGCCUCGCUACGGACUAAGAUUUGCCGCGCCGACAUCGAAGGUGCUGUUGAUUCUCUGACGCAUCCAUACCUGGCCUGCAUGGAAAGGUCUCACCCUCCAACCCAUUACCUGAUAACUGCCGGCGAAGGCCUUACCGCCAGCUCCGAACUCCUGGAGAUCCUGCGUUCGUCCGGCAUCAACCUAAGGUUCAGGAGAACACUCCACCUCGUUUACUGCUUGAGCUGCACCAUUCACUACGCCACUACCCAAGCCGCCAUUCUGAUACACCCGGGUUCACUCGACGAAGACACGAUCGAGCUUCAGCGUAGCUUGCUCUGCCCUUCAAGUCCCGUGAUAACCGCACUGCAGCAAGCUUGCCGUUUAGCGGCCCUGAUAUACAUGAAGACGUUGACGAGACAGAUGCGACGGGUGUCGGCAACGUCGAGGAUCUUGGUGCAAGCUCUUCAAGCCUCUCUUGACAGCGUCAUUACCGAGUCCCGGGCCACGGAGUUGGUUCUCUGGAUGUUGUUCCUGGGCGGCAUGGCAUCUUCAACAGGGAGCAUGGAGCGGAAAUGGUUCGUUGACCACUUAGCAAAAGUCAGAAUCCCGGCGUUGGCCUACCCCUUGGAAGGGGAGACCGUCCGGCAGACACUGACAAAAGUGCUAUGGGUCAGCAGCAUUCACGACGGUCCUGGGGCGACGCUGUGGAACGAAACGAAGUUGAUUGGGUCUACAGACUACAGGACGUACGCUCCCUCUACACGAUAG